GGUAAUGCCUCAGGCUUUGGAGAUCAGUACCUAACAAAUUAUAAUUUUAAUGCACAUGUGUUUAGUUGUUAUCAUUUCCAUAUGUUGCCAUAAUAGGACGGUGAUACAGAUUUUCUAUUUUGUUUUACAGAUACUUAUGUUCAUCACUACAAAAUUUUUGAGCAUCUUUGGCAUUCAGCUACUUAGAAUAUGGACUUUUGUUCUGAUUUUGUGAAUAUCUCCUGCCUCGGGACCAUCAGGUCACCUAAAAGUUAUUCUAUUAUGAUAAUUGUCAUGCUUGGAGCUAUAGUACUCGCCACUAUAGGAAAUCUAAUUGUGAUUAUUUCAGUCUCACAUUUUAAACAACUGCAUUCUCCAACUAACUUUCUUAUUUUGUCCUUGGCUGUUACAGAUUUUAUUUUAGGACUGGUGGUUAUGCCCUACAGCAUGGUGCGGUCAUUAACAUCUUGUUGGUAUUUUGGAGACUUAUUUUGCAAAUUGCACAGCUGUAUUGAUAUGGCACUAUCCAUAACUUCCAAAUUUCAUCUUUUCUUUAUUUCUGUUGAUCGAUACUACGCAGUGUGUAGGCCUCUUCAUUAUUACAAAAACAUAACUAAUAACGUAAUACUGGUAUUUUUGUUUAUAAGUUGGUCUGUUUCCUCUAUGUAUUCUUUUGGCCUUGUUUUUUCCAAUAUACACACUGAGGGCAUACAACACUAUAUUGCCUCAUAUACUUGUAUUGGCUCUUGUUCUCUUGCUUUCAACAAGAUUUGGGGGACCGUUUCUGCAUUGGUAACGUUCUUUGUUCCAGGUACCCUGAUGAUCGGAAUUUAUAUACACAUUUUCUCAGUUGCCAAUAAGCAAGCUAAGCUUGUGCAUAAUCAUCAUAAUGUCCAGACCGACCAACCAAGUGUAACAAUUAAAGUUUCUGUCAGAGCCGAAAGCAAGGCAGCAAAAACUCUGAGCAUUGUUAUGGGAGUGUUUCUAUUUUGCUGGCUGCCAUUUUUUAUUUUGACUGUAGUAGAUCCUUACAUUAACUUUUUAACUCCUGAAGAUGUCUACAAUACUGUUCUGUGGCUUGGUUAUUUUAACUCAGGCCUUAAUCCCAUUAUUUAUGCCUUAUUCUACCCAUGGUUCCAAAAUACAUUUCAAUUUAUUAUAACAGGGAAUAUUUUUAAAGCAGGAUCUUCAUUCUCACAAGUGUUAAUCAAUGUUUAACAUAGAUUUCAUUUUUUGAUACAUUCAUAUUUGCAGAGAGAAAUGAGAAAUAACCAGGAGCUGCAAUUUUGCAAUUUUUAUUAUGUGAUGCUUCUAAUUAUGAUUCCGCGCAAUGCCAUGUUACCAGCAAAUUAUUAUUUUUGCUUGCUCUCACUCUAUAUCCUAUAUGGUUACAGGAAAACAUGCUCAAGUAUGGCAAGCUAUGACAGACAAUUUUGGGGUGUUUUGUCUUUCUUCUGCUGAGCGCAUUGACUGUCAACAUGUCCCAUGCUCCAUAUGCCUCUCAGGCAGGCCAGUUGAAAUCACAAAGUAAUACUUCACUCGUUUUGUAAGGUCGGAGCCUUCUUUGAACACCAAUUUGCUGGGUCAAUUCAGGAUGAACUGCUGGUUUGGCACCUGGGCUAAGGAGCUGAUCAUGCUGUGAGCCAUGCAGACCCAUUGGAAGAAGAGUGCAAAUGAAGAUCUUGUCCUUCAGGAUUUUUUAACCUGCAAUAUAGGUAUCUGGGCAAAUUUUGGCCAUACAUUGAUUGGGAAGACCAUCUGGAAGCUCCAUAUACAAAGUAUUUUGCUCCAUGCUCACAGUAAAAUGGGUUUUUGCAGAUUAUUUAUUUAAAGAAAAAGAUAAAACCUCUUAAACUUUUGCAUUUAGAAUCACUUGCCAAGUGAUGUGUUAUUUAGCACCACACAGACCAGUAGAAGUUGUUAUGGUCUUGACUACUGCUGUUCUUGCCUGAGCUUUGCUGUUACUAUAUUUGUAUAUUCUGGACAUUAUUUCUGUAUUAUUUUCUUUAGUCCAUUGUUUCUUUUAAAAAAAAGUUUUUUUUUCAAUUUGCAUAUUUUCUGUUACAUAUAAAAUAUGCAUGUUAUAUUCUAUUGGAAAUCUGUCACAUCAUUGUCAACACGUCUCUUAACUCAUCUAGAAAGGGCAGUACCUACUGUACAUACAAGACACUUUAAUGCAUAAUUUCUGCAUUGCAGCUGGUGCCAAUGUUUGUGUCAUGUGCAAAGAUUUAGAACUUUUGUAAAAAAUGUGAAAACAAAUUAAAUGCACAAAGAGCAACAAUUUAAAUCACCAAGUUUUUUUUUAACAAAAAAAAAA